AUAAAGCGAAGAAGAAAGAGCCCACAGUUAAGGGAAGAAGCUCUAAAGACAAUUUGACUACACGAACGAAAGGCUGACAGAAGAAAACAUUGAGCCCCGCCGCGCGGCAGCAAAGUCGUAUGAACACAAAUUCAGCAAAGAAGUAAAACACAAUGCCAAAGAAAAGAGAGAUUGUUAAAGGUGGCCCUCCGGUGUCGAGAAUCCGAGAAAACUCCAGACUUAUGCGCACACACGAAUCAAUGGUGGAUUACCUAAGUGGACGCAGUUCUGGGGGGUCUUUUAUGGACAUGCUUGCACCUUCUUUUUUUGGAUUAAAUCUUUUUGGGUCCUUGGAGGAUGACCUGUUAUAUUCAGACGAGGACGAUGAUAGUGAUGAUAGUCUUUUACAUCGUCCACAUCAUGCUGCUCACAGGGCGUUGGAGCCACAUCCACAAAUAAAGCAACUCACUGAUGAGGAGGCUGAUAAAAUUGCAAAGGAAUUGAUGUUAGAAGAGGAUCGACGUAAUGGAAAAAUGCAGAAGAACAAGCGUAAAAAAAUGCGUAAAAAAGAGAAAAAACGGCUUGAAAAGGAGAAUGCACUUAAAGACAGUUUACCCGAGGAGGAGGAGGAAGAGGAGGAGCAAGGCAAGCCCGGCUCUGAAGAAGACAAUCAGAAAGAAAGCUCAACAAUUUGUAGCAAUUUAGAAGCAAACGAAUCUCCUAAAUCUGAUGGAUCACAAACAGCAUCUGAGGGAGCUGGAUGUGAUGAGGACAGAGUAAAUUUGGAAGAAAAAGAUCAUGUUCUGAAAAAUAAGAAAGAGGAUGAGAAGCAAAAGGAUUUGGGUUUGAAUAAUUCACAUGCUGAAUUGGUACCUGAGGAGGUGUGUAACCAGAAUCCUACAAAAGUCAGGAAAAAGGACAAAGUUGAAGCUCAACAACCUAAAGAAGAGAAGUCAGAAGUUGCUGAGAAACCACAAGUUCAAAAGAAGAAGGAGCAAGAAGCUGCAAAAGAGAAAACAGGGAAUCCUACUGCAGAGGAGUUUGCAAAGAGAAGCGUGGAGCUCGCCAAUACUGGAAAUCGUUUGUUUGCCUCUGGACAGUAUGAGAUGGCAGUGAAAUGCUUCACUGAUGCCAUUAAAUACAACCCAAAGGAAUUUAAGUUAUUUGGAAAUCGGUCUCUUUGUUAUGAGAGACUGCAGCAGUAUGAAAACGCUCUCAGGGAUGCGGACGUUGCACUUUCCAUGGAACCAAACUGGAUAAAAGGUUUAUUUCGGAAGGGGAAAGCUCUCUGUGGGCUCAGGAGGUACUAUGAGGCCUCGCUGAUCUAUAAGGAGGUGUUGAAGCUGGAAAGCACGAGCACUGAAGCAGCACAGGAGCUGAAACGAGCGCAGACGUUGCAUCUCAUGGAAAUGGGCUUCUCCUGGGCGCAGUGCUCAGAGGCCUUGAAAACUCACGGCACAUUAGAGGAAGCUGUGGAAGCUCUGUUUGCUUUGGAUGGCAGCCCAGGUUCCAGAGUUAUUGGCAGCAAUGAAGUCAAAACUGAGCAGCCAGUGAAGCUGGAAUGCAGCAGUGAGGGAGAGUGGGAGAUUGUCCAACAAACAAGCCGUCCUCGAACACAACACGUCAAAGAAUUGGAUCUUUAUGGCCAAAGCAGAUCGACAUCUCAAUCCCCGACCCAUCUCCCCAGGAGUUCUGUGAAACCGGAACUUUUCCCUGUUUGGGUGGGAACGUUGGGCCCUUCUAUGACCUAUGCCAAACUCCACGAGCUCUUCAGCAGAGCCGGGACCAUCUACAGCAUCAAGAUGCUGCUUGAGCGUCAGUGUGCGUUUGUGAACUACACUAGAAAGGACGACUGUGACAAAGCCAUCCAGUGUAUUAACGGAAUGGUGGUGGAAGGAUCUCCGCUGACAGUGAGACAUCCAUUUAAAUUCAACACUUCACUCAAUGCAUCAAAAAAUGGCAACACUGAUGGCUCCCCACGUCCUGACUCAUACAAGAAGGAGUGCUUCUUCUGGAGGACAACGGGCUGUACAAGGCAGGACUGCACCUUCAGACACAUCCCGGAGAAUAAGAACAUUGACAAAGACAAAUUCACUAGUAGACUGGGAUUUGCAGGGAGAUCAUAAAUUGAUUUGCAUGACAGUAGUGAUCAAAACCGUUUGGAUCUUUGUUGUGAUAGUUUAACAGGAAAAAAAGUGAUUGGGUUUUACAUUCUGUUGUAUUUAUGGGAAAUUGUGCACAAUCAUCACUGUUGCAUGAACAUAUAAUGCCCAUCUACAUUACAAUACAAAGUAGGAAUUAAUGUGCCUUGUUGCAUUUAAAAUAUACUUAAUUAAACCAUUUUAAAAUUAAUGUUUUUUUCUCCUCCUGUUCAAUUUUCAGUCACCACUAGGUGGCAGUGUUAUAUUUAUCCCUUAGUGUGAGGGGUGUAGAGCUAUUUGCUUUUAUUUUUAAGGCUGUGAUUCAUGCAGGAAUUCUACUGGCAUAUUUAUUGUGCCCUGUUUAAUUUUCAAAAUGUUCUCUUUAAUCAGUUUUCUGAGGCAUUGGAUUUGUUUUUGUAUUAUGAAUGGUUAGCCUGGUGUUACGACCAAUAAAAAAUGUACCUGUC